AUGGUUAAAAAAGAGGAUAUGCCUUUAGCUAAAUAUAGAGAAGAAAUAGCCAUUUGUUUGUGCAAACUUGGGAAAACAGCAACAGGGGGAAAGAGAGGGCGUCCUAGCACCUCUGAAAUUGAAACACAAUUACAGAGGAAAAAACAGAAAGGCCCAGCAGCAGCAAUGCCAGUGAAAGACGUGAGGCUUGAUGGAAACCCCGAGUCGGAGGAGAUCAACAUUGCCGAAGAUGACAGUUUUGCCGGGCUCUUGAUUGCGCAUGAUGAAACCUCACAUCCCAUUACUGUGUUGGAGCCCCUUGCUGGACCCUCAGUGGCCCUUGGUAGAGUCAUAGGAGCCAACCGUCAUGUGGAAACCUUUGCCGGAACCAGGAUGCCUCCUACUAGAGCUGUGGGCCAAGCAGAGUUUGUAACAGUUCAAUCAACACCUAAAGGAUCUCAAGCAACACUUAGAGCAGCUGGAACAACACCACAAGGCACAAAAAGAAAAAUAGGAAAUUCAGGUUCAGGAUCUUCAACACGGCAGGUGCAAGAGCACAGACGUAGAAAAAGGUCCGAAGCCUGGAGCUCAGAUGAAGAAGAGGAAAAUGAAAUUAUUAACAUCCAAAGAGAAAUUAAGGAAACCAUGAAAAAAAAUGAAUGCCAGUUUAGAAGUAUUGAUUGAGCUGCAGAAAGAGGGAUUAAAGAGCCUACAUUCCAUUAUGAACAAUCAGGCUGUUGUUGCU